GAGGGAGAGAGGGAGGAGCGCCUCUGUAAUAUUUCAAUUGAAAUCAUUCCCCGUUCCGACAAACAAGCGGACGCGAUUUUUUUUUUCAUUUUGAGAAAAAAAAAAAAAAAAAAAAACUUCUACUUCACUUAUACGCGAGGAAGCAGACUAAGAAGAGAGGGGCGUAUCUUAAAAAAAACAACGAGCUGUCGGGCUGCUUUGAAGGGGAAAAAACAUAUAAUAUCAUUAUAAUAUUAUUAUUAGUGACUGAUCUGACAGCGAAAGACACAGGGGGAAACUUCGCUCAGCUGCGGUUCAAUCGACAGUACUUUCAUCUCUCUGCAAAUAUAUUAAAAAGGCGACGGCAGCGAGAAUACGGCAAACCGCAUUUUUUUCUGGAGUCCCAUUAGCCAAUAGGAGUGUGGGCGUGUCUCUGAUGUCACCAGGUGGUGUCGCCCUGGUAACCCCCGCGGCAGCACCGCCGCUGCAGCUCAACCAAUCGGAACCCGCGAAUGCCAAGCCUGCAUUGGAGGGUGGGGCCUGCCUCAGUCUCGCGUGAUUGGCUGCUGAAUGGAAUUGAGGUGAAUGGAACACAUGCCCAAAGAGCAGGAUCGCAACCAAUCAGAGGGAGAAGAGAAAAGGUGGCUCGAUGGUUCGAAGAGGAAAAGAAAGAACAGUCAAUGUUCUGUGAAGAGCAUGUCUGCGCUGAGCCUCUCUGUUUCAGGGUACAUCCCCAGCUACCUGGAGAAGGACGAGCCUUGCGUGGUGUGCGGGGACAAGGCUACUGGGUACCACUACCGCUGCAUCACCUGCGAGGGCUGCAAGGGUUUUUUCCGGCGCACAAUCCAGAAGAACCUGCACCCCGCCUACUCCUGCAAGUACGAUGGCAGCUGCAUCAUCGACAAGAUCACACGCAACCAGUGCCAGCUGUGCCGCUUCAAGAAAUGCAUCACUGCGGGCAUGGCCAUGGACUUGGUCCUGGAUGACUCGAAGCGUGUGGCGAAGCGGCGGCUCAUCGAGGAGAAUCGCGAGCGCAGGAGGAAGGAGGAGACGCUGCGGACCCUGCAGGACCGGCCCGAGCCCACGGCCCCCGAGUGGGAGCUGAUCCACAUGGUGACUGAGGCUCACCGGCACACCAACGCACAGGGCUCCCACUGGAAACAGAAGCGGAAGUUCCUGCCCGAGGUUAUUGGUCAGUCCCCACUCACACCUACGCCGGACGGAGACAAGGUUGACCUGGAGGCCUUCAGCGAGUUCACCAAGAUAAUCACCCCGGCCAUCACUCGCGUCGUCGACUUCGCCAAAAAACUGCCCAUGUUCUCCGAGCUUCCUUGUGAAGACCAGAUUAUCCUGCUGAAGGGCUGCUGCAUGGAAAUCAUGUCUCUCCGCGCGGCCGUGCGCUACGACCCGGACAGCGAGACCCUCACACUCAGCGGGGAGAUGGCCGUGAAGCGCGAGCAGCUCAAGAAUGGAGGGCUGGGGGUGGUCUCGGACGCCAUCUUCGACCUGGGCAAGAGCCUGGCACAGUUCAGCCUGGAUGACGCAGAGGUGGCACUGCUGCAAGCUGUCCUGCUCAUGAGCUCAGACCGGUCGGGGCUGCUCUGCGUGGAUAAGAUAGAGAAGUGCCAGGAGAGGUACCUGCUGGCGUUUGAACACUACAUCAACUACCGCAAGCACAGCCUCCCUCACUUCUGGCCCAAGCUGCUGAUGAAGGUGACAGACCUGCGCAUGAUCGGGGCGUGUCACGCCAGCCGCUUCCUGCACAUGAAGGUGGAGUGUCCCACGGAACUGUUCCCCCCGCUAUUUCUGGAGGUGUUUGAGGACCAGGACGUCUAGGAGGCCGGGGGAGAAUGAGAGAGAGUCAAUAUGGGAACCUGCCUUUUUAAAAAUGUACAGCAGUCAUUUUUUUAAUGAUGCACCACCAGCGCUCUGCGGCUAAAUCACAAUCCACAACCACCAGCCACCACCAGGGCGGCGGUCUCUCCUGCUAUUUCUCUUUUUUUUUUUUUCACUCUUUCAACUGAAGACUUCAAAGCAAAGUGGCUUCCCCUCCUCCCCCUCCCCUUUAAGAUUCUGUUCUUUGUUUUUGGACCGGUGGAUAGAUCUCAGAUUCUUCCCUGCUUUCCAGUGCUUUAUAAAGUCAAAGGGGUCUGGUGUUCUUAUAACAUCACCUGAGAGUCGCCACUUAUUGAGAGGUGGGGGGGUGGAGGGUAGGGGGUAGGGUAGGGGGGCUGUACUACUAAAAGCAGUUUAACCCCCCCGCCAAAUUCAGAUCCAACUGCUGCCAGUGGCCCUGUGCAGAAAGGCAGUGGCCCACUUUUAAUGAAAUGGACGGUUUCAGAAAUAACCCUAAAAUCUCUAAAACCCUGCAGUGAAUGCUGUGUUCGAUUAAUCAGCCACGCUGUUCCUGACCAGACGUGGAUGUUUUGUUUACGCAUCGGCCCACGAUUUAGAGGACAUUUAAAAAAAAAAAAAAAAAAAACGAGGGAACGGGACGACCCUUAAUUUGCACUUUAUUCGUUUUUUCUUUCAGUCCAAGAGAAAUAUAAAACUAUAUCAAUAUUUUUUUAUAUAAAUAUAUAUUUUAAAAAGCCAUGCAAUGGAGGGAUAGAUAGGGUUAAAAGUUUGAUCAGUUAGGAUGGUUGUAUUGAACCUGGUCUCACUGAUGCUUGAUAUAACUUUCAUGUAAAUAAAUUAUUUAAGAUUAUGUAGUCUUCUUUAAUCUGGGCCCUUGUGUCCCGCAAAAUUCCAAACAGGAUCUUGUCUCUGAAACUGAGGGAACACAGAGCCACUGGGUGGCUUGUAACUUGGUUUCAGGAGCCUGGGUUUCAGCCCCUGCACAGCACACCCGGGGAGACUUGGGGUUUGAUACAGCCACCUCAGACUAGGUCUCCUGGAACCAGGGUUCAAGCCCUGAAAAACGACUUUUACAGCAGCGGCCUGUGAUGAUGGUUAGUGCUUCACCAGACUACAGUCCAUUUAUUUACCUUCCCUAAAGGCUACGCACCCUAUAGCACUGCUUGAGUACGAGGUGAAAGUGUAGCUCUGAGUUAGAACCAGAGAUAUUAUCCCCGUCCGAAAAUCCUUCUUUAUUUAUUUAUUUAUUUUUAUUUAUUUUAAUCGUGCAAAAACAAGAAGCUGCCACUUUUUUUUUUUUUUUUUUUUUUUUUACAUUUUUAAAACUUUUGUUACAAUUUUUUUCUGAAAUGCGGGUCUAGAAUUCACUUGGGACCCUCCUGCUGAGCUAGAGGGGGGGUAGGUGGAGCCGCAGCAGGGAGGCUGUUGCUUUGCAAAGGGGGGGAGGCAGCCUGCUUUUGUAUGCCAUACGGUUACUGGUGGGGGAGUGGAGAUCUCAGCCAUCCGAAGAGAGGCAGUCAGUUUGAUUUUAAUCUUUUCCACAGUCUACACUGUGAAUGGAUGUCUUCAGGGCUGGGGCUAGGAUGGACACCCCAACACAGCUCCACACGGACCAAGUCCCUAGGUUCUGCCAUCCUGCCUGUCUGUCUCUCUUGUUGUAACUAAAAACACAACAACUUCUCAAGUGGGUUUUUCCAACACUCCACCCCAAGAGAGAUACAAGCCACAAGUAUUUUGCACUAGCCCUGUGCCCCGUGGCGAGCCAAUUUCCAUGGCUUUCUACCACGGAAAUCUCAAGGAUUAUGAAGUAAAUACACAGUAUGUUAUUAAAAGCUAAUGGGCAUCCUAACAUUGAAUUUGCCAGCUCUCAAAUUCCACCAGUGCUGAAUUCUCCACUGUUCUGUAUUUCUCAAACUCCUGACACUGCUCUUUGUCAGAUUACCUCCUCCCCCUCCACACCUUCAUUCAUCGUGUUUUUUCGUGGAGUCCUUUUUCAUUGGAUUACAGUUUUCCCAUCAUUAAGCCAGCCGAGGAAAACCUCUGAGACUUGACUAACUCAAGCUCCCUUAAGCUGAGGAGGGAACACAAAGCCACUUUUUCAGGACCAGCGGCUUGAAACCAGGUUCCAGGAGACCACAGUUUGAGGUGGCUGUAUCAGAGUCUCCCCUGGUGUGCCGUGCAGGAGGCUGAAACCUCGUCUUCUGAAACCAAGUUCUAAGCCCCAACAUAGCUUUAGAAGAACCAAUCCCAUUAGUCUUUCAGUAACUAAAAAAGGAUGCAAAGGGCCGUGUUGGUCCUCCGCUGUACUGCUCUUCUUGUUUUUUGUGUUUUUGUAUUCAAGAUUAACGCUUGGCCAAAACGAGAGAAGAAACUGCAUUGCAUUGGUGCAGAAAUCAAGGGGAGAGGAGCCAGACUCUGGAACAGUUUUCUGUGUCCUUGUGAGUUCUGUCUGCACUUCGAACAGCCCUCAUGACUUCUCAAAGCAAUCUCCAAUGCUGCUUUUUUUUUUGUAUUCUUUGUUUUGUUUUAGUUUUCGUUGUCUUCACAAACUGCUCUGUGUAAGUGGGCUGUGUUCACGUCAUCCUGCGUGGCGUUGUUACCCUAGCGCGUCACCUCUAGAGUGAAUUGGUAAAAGCAAGCUUUCGUUCUUGUUUUUUUUUUUUUGGAUUUGUCGGUCUGUCCAAAUGUCCGUCCCUGUUUGAUUGAUUGUUUUGUUUUUUCAACAACAGGAUUUUUUUUUUUUUUUUUUUU